UGCUGUGCGCACUCUAAUCUUGAGGAAAUGGGGAUCCCAAAGUCACCUGGAUUAGCCACAGACCAGAAAGGAGCCCUUUUAGAGUUCCUUUCAGUUGCUGAGGCAUACGAUGUUUGAAAACCCCCUCCUACUCCGUCCCAGAGGUAGAAAAGCAUAAGUCACCAUUGCUCAACUUCCUUAGAAAUAGCCAAUGAACGCUAGCAUCUGGGCCUUAAUAAGUGGCUAAUCUGUAAACAAAAACACUGCCUUGUCUGCUUCUUGGAGCCACAUAGUGAACAGUUUGCUGGUUAAUCACCAGAGCUAUGAGAUAUUACCCGUCUAGCUCUAUGUGACAGAGUGGAUGAGCUGCGUGGUGGCAGGAAGAGGACACAAUUGGACAUCCAACCAGGGAAUGAGGCAGUGGUCCACAUGCCUAUGAGGCCCCCAGCCCAGGAGAUGUGUCUGGUGUCUUUCUAAGAAGAAGAGACUAGGACACAGAUACACUCAGAGGAAAGGCCAUGUGAGGACACAGGGAGAAGGUGGUCAUCUACAAGCCAAAGAGAGAGGCCUCAGAAGAAGCCAACCCUGUCGGCACCCUGAUCUUGGACUUCCAGCCUCUAGAACUGCUGCACUCCUUCUUCAUCCGGGAUGCUGACCCCCAUGGCGGUUUUCUUGAGCCUGGGUAAGUGGAUGUAUGUCAAAGGUCAGGAAACUAUGGCCAGCUGUCAAUUUUUGUAAAUAACGUUUUAUUGGAACACAGCCGUGCUCAUUCAUUUACACCUUGCGUAUAGCUGCUUUCGCAGCACAACUGCAAAGAAGAGUGGUUGCUGCAGAGACCGUAUGGCCUGCAAAGCUGAAAAUAUUUACUAUCUGGCCCUCUUCAGAAAGCAUUUGCCAACCUCUGUGAUAGAUUUAGAUCGGCUAACUUUCACAAAGUGGAUAAGAGGAUUAAAAAGACUACUACCAAAAAAAAAAAAAAAAAAAAAACAAAAAAAACAAAAGUAAGAAAGCAAACAUAUAAAUCCACUGUGGAUUGACAGUAAUAUUAACAUUGCAAUAAAAGAAGACAACAAGAAAAUGGCAGGGCUGUUAUUCUCUCACUUGUAGGGCUGCUUGUCAGAUAAAAGGAUAAUCUUCUAAUUAAGUCUGUCAAGAAGUUGGGGUGGGGGUGUACAAAGAAAUGGAUGGAAAGAAAGAUAGAUGAGAGAGAGAGGGAGAGAGAGAGGAAUUAUGGCUACAGGAUACAUGGAAAUGCUGGAGUGCAUUUCCCCCCUUUAAUUAUCACUUAAUCCUUUUUAUGGUCAAGCACUGUUCUUAGGAAUUCACAUAUAUUAACUUAUUUGAUCCUCAAAGCAACCCUAAGAGGCAGGCUCUAUUUUAGUCGUCCCCAUUUUAUAGAUGAGGGGAAACUAAGGCACGGAGAAGUUAAGUAAUCUGCCCCAAGUUACACAGCUAGUAUGUGGCAGUCAGGACUUGAAUCCAAGCAGUUCGACUCCAGAGUCUAUACUCUUAAACUCUACACUAUCCUGUGUCUCCUAAUUCUGAAAACAAAGACAGAAACAGAUCCUCAAAUGUUUGGAGAGCACUGCCUUAGUGGGUAGCCCUCUGGGGAAGGCUUGGCAUCCAAGCUGGCAGCCCUUAUCCCAAACUCCGGUGUGUGGUGAAAGAAUUUGGAGACCACCCCCUUUAAAGGGACUUUGAGUUCUUAAUUUUGAGACUCAUGUCCAGGAUGAACCCAGCAAAUGUAGAAAGUAGCAGUGAAACAGGUGCUCCUUGCUACCAGUGAAAUAGGGUGUGGAGGCCCACGGGGCAUUUCCUGAGAUUUCAAAUGAGUUGAGAAGCACUGCUUAGCAAGUGUCACAGCUCUGAGCACCCAGGACAGUUGAGAGCUCGGGGCCGCUUGCUAGGAGGGGCCGAGGGCCUCCGGCAUGGCUCUCAGUGGAGAUCUGGCUCCUUUCCUAUCUACCCUGUCCCUAGGCCCCACUUAUCUCAUUUGUAAAAUGAGGGAGCUCAGCUAAAUGAUCUGUACAAGCUCUUCAUGGGUUAAAACUAUUCUGAUUUCGUAUUUAAUAAAAUGGAGAAAAUAUUCAUGCCAUGUUAAUUUGCGGGGUUUUUAUAAAAAUAACCCUUUACAUUAUUUUUGACUUUUGCAGUGAAAAUGUAGCAGAAAGAAGGUAUUUGUCCUCCCCCACCCCUCCUCUGCUACUGGGAAGAGAGUCUUUCAGCAAAACAAUUCACUAGAGUUCUCUGUCAGGCAGGAGUUCUAUUUCCAAGGGGUGGAAACACUGCCAUCAUUCUUCUGGAAUGGAGCCAGGGAUACCGCCUCCCCCCGGGAGGCUUGACCACAAGGGGCAAAGCUUCAACGCAAAAGGGUUGAGUAGGGACCCUGGGGGUGGGGAGAGGGACAGGAAAGGAUGGGAGACCCUUGAAGGUAGACUGUGUGUGAACUACAAUGCAACCCCAUGGGAACAGGAAAAGGGUAUUUAGAAGCAUCCUUUGCACCUCCAUGUGUUCACGAGCAAGACAGAAUUCUGCUAAUGGCCUGUGUCCUUCCAGGUCUCAAAGACAUGACAACACAGUUCCAUGGGCAUUUUAAAAAAGAUGGCUGCCAUGUGACCCUUAUCUCUCUCUGCAUGGUUGGAUUCUUCUGGGUGACCUUUCUUUUCCCUUCAUUGUGCUUUUCUGUACUUUUUAAUUUUUCUGCAAUAGAUAUGUAUUGCUUAUGUAAUAAGUUAUAUUGAAAAUAUUAUGGGGGUGCCUGUGUGGCUCAGUUGGUUAAGCCUCUGACUUCAGCUCAGGUAAUGAUCUCAUGGUUCGUGGGUUUGAGUCCCACGUCGGGCUCUGUGCUGACAGCUCAGAGCCUGGAGCCUGUUUCAGAUUCUGUGUCUCCCUCUCUCUCUGUGCCUCCCCUGCUCAUGCUCUGUCUCUCUGUCUCUCUCUCAAAAAUAAAUAAAACAUUAAAAUUUUUUAAAAAGUAUUAUGAUAUUAUAGAAUGUCUCUAAUAUCAUUAUAUUACAUUUUGGCAACAAACAAGUACCUCAAAAUUGGUCCAUUAGGGAGGAUUUGGCUCCCAGAAACUCUGAAAUGACUAGAAUACUUUGUGAACUUGUGGCAAGGGACCGCCACCUCUCAAAAGGUGCAGAUGUUGAAAAGAUUAUUGUGCUCUCUGGAAAUUCUUUUUUUUUUUUUUUUUUUUUUUAAGAUUUAUUUAUUUAUUUUGGGAGAGAGAGAUAAAACAUCCUCGGGCACACACAUGCGUGCACAGGCAGGGUAGGGGCUGAGAGAGAGAGGGAGAGAGAGAAUACCAAGCAGGCUCUAUGCUGUUAGCACAGAGCCUGACUCGAGGCUGGAUCUCACAAAUUGUGAGAUCACGACCUGAGCUGAAAUCAAGAGUGAGAUGCUUAGCCGACUGAGCCAUCCAGGUGCCCUGUGCUUUCUAAAAAUUCUUUGAAUUGUGGGUCCCCUUUUUCUGGCCAGAGUAUACUCUAUUGGGUGAUGAUUUUGCAUAAACUAUGGUGAGAUGCUGUUCAGAACUAGUACCACAAGCUGGGAGAAGGUAUCUGUUGGCAUGAAAACCAUGAACUUCCAAACUUAAAUAUCUGAGUGCUUUGUUAACCUGGAUAAAUAUGCCAUUGGAUAUGGCUGACCCUAAGUUAAUGAGGCACUCAGGAAAUGGGGUAUAUUUGGAGGGUCCACAUUUCUGGAUGGCUAAGGUUUAUUCAGAUUAUAUUCGUUGUAAAUCAGUCUAAAGAAUAUCCGCCUGCUUCUCAGCCUUAACCCUAAAUAGUGAAUUCAACAGAUUUCUUUUUUUCAUUUAGUGUCCUGAAAAGCAUGGGACUGCCAUAUUACAGGUUUCUUUUUUAUACAGUUUGGAGCUGAGUGAUUGGAUAAAGAUAGGCAGGUCCCUAGGAAAGCACCUAAUAGUUGUUUUUAGAAUGAAUUUUUAAGCCUAUUUUACAUCUCUGUUGAAAUUCUUCGUUCAUGCAUUGUUCUUUUAGAAUUAAUUGGGGUGGAGUUUGCUUUUGGUCAUUAGCAUCUUUGCCCUGAGAGGCAGAAUUGCCCCCACCCCCAAAAGUACUGAUUUAACUUGGAUUGUGUUAACAUUGGUAGGUUAGUAUCAACUGUUAAGUAUUUAAACAAAUUGUAAGUGACCAAAAUGAAUGAACCGAGUUAAUUAAGAACAGUAAGAUCACCAGGGAUGAUCACCUUCCAGGCAGCAGUACCAGCACCAAGUGUUCACUCAGCACCUCUCACCAGGGGCUGUUCUGAGUGUCAGGAAGGAUCAAAGAAACACAGGUAGAGGGUCUCUAAGCAGGAGACGUCAUCACCCAGCUGCUAUCAAUUGCCAGGUGGGUGAACAACAAAAGGAGGAGGGGUGUAUUAGCGUGGGGAGCACCCUGGGUUGGGGCAGGCGGCCUGGCCAAGUGCUGCUAGAGGCAAACUACUCAACAUCUCUAGACCUCAGUUUCCUCGUGUGAAAACGAGGUGUUCAACUCAAUUUCAAAAGGACCUUCAGCCUCUGAGACUCCAGAGCAGAUGUUUGUUGAAGGAGGCCUGAGGGUUUACAGCAGGAACUGUCAUUUGAUGGGUGAGUCAGACUGGGGGCAGCAGGAAAAUAAUGUCUUCACAAUCCACACAAGGGCACAGGCAAUUAGGAAACACACUUAGCUGAUGGCUUGAGUGUCUGUUCCACUCGGAGGAUAUAUUCCUGAAGAGGGACAGGGUGACUCAUCAGCCGGCUGUAACCUGAUGAAAUAGAGCUAUCCAAUUUCCUUGCUCUGAUUCCAGGCAACCAAAGGAUCUUAAUUUGGUUUUCCAAGGCAGUUUCCCCAGGCAAGCAGAGGAGUAAGUUAUGGCAAUUGGAAAUUGACAUUCUUUCGUGGGAGCAAAAUUAGAUCACGUGUGAGAAAUGACUGUGAAAUUAAAUAAAGUAGCAUUCAAAUUCAAAGAAACAGCAUUCUCAGUAAUAUCCUCAUUAGUUAUGAAUCAUUUUUGUGCUGAUUUGAUUGGCCUUUGAACCAUGUUUCUUUUUUAGAGCUAGUAAACCCUGGGUGACUCGAUAAAUAUAGACAUUCUGGAUCUGGAAAAUGAGAGGCAAAAAUUACUAACAUUUACAUGGUGCUUUACAAUUUUUUUUAGGGUGAUUUCACAUAAAGAUUCCAGUAGCGCUGGGAGCGAGAGAAUAUUAUGUUCCUGGUCUCCAGCUCAGGAAAGCUUAGUACUAGAGAGCUAGGAAGGGUUUGAGCUUGCAGUCAAACCUAGGUCUUGGGCUUCAAAUCCUGAUUGCAGCGUGGCUUCCGAAGGGAGUGAAUGCUCUUCUCCCAGCCCCUCUCCCCAUAUUCACUCACAUUACCACAGGAGACACGUGCCAGAUCUUGAAGGGGUUGAAGCAGAAGUAAUCUGUUCUGGAGAUCAUGAAACUGAUCUCUUUCCCUCUGCAAAUGCCACGUGAAGCGCAUUUGUAGGGCCUCUCCAGAGGCUGCCUCAUGAGGGGAGGUUCUGCUUGGCUUCCCUUUGUCCUUAGACUCAGGCUGAAUCUGCUUGCUGCAUGUGGAGAAAGUGCCCGUUCUGCUUUGGCAGAGUCUCCGGAGUGUUGGGUUCCUACCUGUCUUCAUCUGAAAGUUUGGUCUGGAUAUCCCCACUGAAAGUGACUAGGGAUCCCCAGCUGGGACAGCUCCCCUAGAUCACCACUGCCGGAUCUAGCCCACCCAGCCUCCUGCAUCUCUGCUGCCAGAGCUGCCCGGCUCAGAUUACCAGAGGGGAGGGAGGGUGGGUAUGGAUCUCAGGAUCUGGGGCCCCAGGUGCACUGCAAGCCUGAGCUCUCCAUCCGCCUUGGCGAAACUCUGCCUGUGGCAGAGUGAGAUCUUUGUAUCCAGACCCUUCCAAUUCACAGAGGCAAGUGGAAGACUGCUCCUUGGCUGGGAAUUUCUAAAGGCUCAGGAAAAAGAUGAACUGGCCCCAUUCCUGCAUCUCCUUUUGCUGGAUUUACUUUGCUGUCUCCAGACUGAGAGCUGUAGAAACAGCAGAUGGAAAAUAUGCUCAGAAAUUGUUUAAUGACCUUUUUGAAGAUUAUUCCAAUGCUCUUCGUCCAGUAGAAGAUACAGAUAAAGUCCUGAAUGUCACCCUGCAGAUUACACUUUCUCAGAUUAAGGACAUGGAUGAAAGAAACCAGAUUCUGACUGCCUAUUUAUGGAUCCGCCAAAUCUGGCAUGAUGCAUAUCUCACGUGGGAUCGAGACCAGUAUGAUGGACUGGAUUCCAUCAGGAUCCCCAGUGACCUGGUAUGGAGGCCAGAUAUUGUCCUAUAUAACAAGGCUGAUGACGAAUCUUCUGAGCCUGUGAACACCAACGUGGUUCUGCGGUAUGAUGGGCUAAUCACCUGGGAUGCACCAGCCAUCACCAAAAGCUCCUGUGUAGUGGAUGUCACCUAUUUCCCCUUUGAUAACCAGCAGUGCAAUCUGACCUUUGGUUCCUGGACCUACAAUGGCAACCAGGUGGACAUAUUCAAUGCCCUAGACAGUGGAGACCUCUCUGACUUCAUCGAAGAUGUGGAGUGGGAGGUCCAUGGCAUGCCUGCUGUGAAGAAUGUGAUCUCCUAUGGCUGCUGCUCUGAGCCUUACCCAGAUGUGACAUUCACUCUCCUUCUGAAGAGGAGGUCCUCAUUCUAUAUUGUCAACCUCCUUAUCCCAUGCGUCCUCAUAUCUUUUCUGGCUCCCUUGAGUUUUUAUCUCCCAGCAGCCUCUGGGGAAAAGGUCUCCUUGGGAGUGACCAUCCUGUUGGCCAUGACUGUAUUUCAGCUCAUGGUGGCAGAGAUCAUGCCAGCCUCAGAAAAUGUACCUCUGAUAGGCAAAUACUACAUAGCCACAAUGGCUUUGAUCACAGCCUCCACUGCGUUGACCAUUAUGGUGAUGAAUAUCCACUUCUGUGGGGCCGAGGCCCGGCCAGUGCCACACUGGGCCAGGGUGGUCAUCCUGAAAUACAUGUCCAGGGUCUUGUGUGUCUACGAUGUGGGUGAGAGCUGCCUUAGUCCCCGCCACAACAGGGAGCGAACCCACCUCACAAAGGUUUAUGGCAAACUUCCAGAGCCAAAUCUGAACAUGGACAGAAACAAAGACCUUCCCAGAAAGAAGGAAAUAAACAAACUCUUAAAGAAUGAUUUGGGAUGCCAGGGUGAGAACCCACAGGAUGCUGACAGUUACUGUGCACGGUACAAAGUGCUGACAAGGAAUAUCGAGUACAUUGCCAAGUGCCUCAAAGACCACAAGGCCACCAAUUCCAAGGGGAGUGAGUGGAAGAAAGUUGCAAAAGUCAUAGACCGAUUCUUCAUGUGGGUUUUUUUCAUUAUGGUGUUUGUGAUGACUGUUUUGAUCAUAGCAAGAGCAGAUUAGUGGGCAUUUGGUAUAUGGAAAUAAAGCAAUAAAAUUCCCUGUGAUCUACUCUAAUAUUUUCCCAAGUCAGAUUU